AUUUUACAUGUGUCAUUAUCAAAUUUUUCAAAUCGAUGCAAAUUCAACAAAUUGCAGUUUUGAAAAAAACUACAUUAUCUAUUAAAUUUUAUGCAUAAUUGCUAGUUGAACGUGAAACGUGACAUCAUACUUUCAAAUCAUUAAUUCUCGUUAAGCUAAAAAGGUGUAACAUAUAAAUUCUUAAAAAUGGGAAACGAAAACUCAAUUCCUAUGGAACUAUGUUCAAAUUCUCGUGUUAACUGCAUUGAUUUUAAGGUGGAAAACUUCGAUGCGGACGAGAUACGGCGUCUGGGCAAGCGGUUUCGUAAGCUGGAUUUGGACAACUCGGGCGCCCUCUCCAUCGACGAGUUCAUGUCGCUGCCUGAGCUGCAGCAGAACCCCUUAGUACAGCGCGUCAUCGCUAUUUUCGACGCCGAUGGUAAUGGCGAGGUGGACUUCAAGGAGUUCAUCCAAGGAGUAUCGCAGUUUAGCGUCAAGGGAGACAAGCUCUCGAAGUUGCGCUUCGCUUUUCGUAUCUACGAUAUGGACAACGACGGCUACAUCUCCAACGGCGAGCUCUUUCAGGUGCUGAAGAUGAUGGUGGGCAACAAUCUGAAGGACACGCAGCUGCAGCAGAUCGUGGACAAGACAAUUCUCUUCGCGGACAAGGACGAAGACGGCAAGAUCUCGUUCGAGGAGUUCUGUUCCGUGGUCGGCAACACUGACAUUCACAAAAAGAUGGUGGUCGACGUCUAGACGCCUCUCGCCGCGCCCUAGCUUUAUAUAAUUAUUCUUUUUAAUUUCAAAUACUCUCACUCUGCAGUGUAUUUUUUGGCAACCUAAGGCUAACGCGGAGAAAAGAAGUACCAGAUCCAAAGUAGAUUCAUUAAUAUGUCGCCUGGUACGUCUCAAGAGGCGCGACGUCGUCUCCUUACACGGAGAUGUAGAUUAAGUACAUAUUUAUCUCGUCCUCAAAUCUCUAUCGCUCUAGUUACUAGUUAGACACUUCCUCGAUCGCGGUCCUCGCAAUAUUUAUUCGGACAACUCAUAUUAUGAUCUGAAACACUGAAUGCGUGGAGCCAACGCAGUCAAAAUUAAAUAAUUGCACGUCCCGAAGCAAUGCAUUUAAGAGAGUACAAAGCGGCGAGCGAGGACCCGCACGCAAACUAUCACUAAAUAUAAGACAGACAUACAUACAUAUUUACUUUACACUAGUUACUGUAGUCAAAUCAUGAUAUGUUUAUAUUUUGUUGUGGUAAUUAUAUUGUUAUUUAGUGUUUUAUAUUUAUUUAGUUGUCGGUCGAUGUAGGUUACGGCUAGCCGUAGAUCGGGUCGUCGCUUCGGCCGGAUGCUGCGUAUGGACCCUCACGUCUCAGUUUAUCGAUUCGCUUUAUAUGUUCCAGAUCCUGAAUUGUAUCAAAUGAACACGUCUCCUAUCAGUCCCGAGUUUCCUCAAGCGUGGAUGCGGCCUUUGGGAAACUGACCCAAGGCUGCACUCGGCUUAGAGUGACGUGUCACUAGAGCUUUCGGGGCGCUUUCAUCACAGAAGAACUUUAGUAGAUUAGCUGCGGGUAAUAUCUUGCUACCGAAAUAUAGGAAGAACUAGAUAUAAAAGAAUCUGAAUCCCAUCCGAGGGCUUAAUCCUGGCAUUUAUCGUGAAAGCUCUACCGACACAUCACUACCAUUUUAUACUGUGUAAUGUUAAUAAGAUUUUGUAUUUUCUCUGAACGAAUUGUAUAAUAAUGUUUUAAAGUACUUAAUUAUAACAAUAAGUUAAGCCACUCGCUGGACAGUGGACACGUUGUAAAACUUAUUGUCUGAUUUCAAUACUAGUAUUUUAUUCACAUGUCUCUAUGAAGAUGUUUUCAAUAGGCACGAUUUGGUAAACUGCACUAUAUUUUAAUAGACACGUAAUCUCUAGUCAUAUAACAGCAACUAUUUCUUCAUUCUGUAUAUACAUUCAAUUCAGCUGUUGUUUCAAGCGAGUUCAGCAGUUUAUAAGUUUGAUGGAUAAAUAAAUGGAUGGAUAAAUAGCGUUCAGAAAGUUCAAAAAUUAAAUUGUAGAUACCAAAUUGACAGCAAGUUAAUGUUGUUAUAUUAUAAUGUAUAAAAUAUGCAAUGUGCCUUUAUAUUGGUGUGCUGUUACACUAAGCAAUAUUAACAUGGCAUUGAAUAAGAUCUGCACUCGCUGCCUCAUCCUUCUUUAUCCUUUCUAUCUAAUGUUUAUUGUGUCCAUGUGUGUGAAGUAUACUGUGUAAAUAAGGCAUUGUCUCGGUACUUGAUUAUUAUUAUAGAGAAAAAAGAUUACAGCUCUUUUUACUCAUUACAAAAAAAAUGUAAUGUAGUCUUACUUUCAAGUUAUUGGAGACAAUGCACAUAUAAUUAAUUGAGUAAUUAGUACAAAUAGUAUUUUGUCUUCUCUUGUUAGAUAGCGUGUCCUAAGUCUGUUCUUAACUGGAACUGAUUAUAAGUUUUAUUAAAUUUUCAAAUUUCA